UUAUCCUUAAAAAAAAACAGGCCCUCCCCUCUUUUUGUCAGUUUUUUUUUUUUUUUUUAUGAAUCUUUCUGAUCAGGGUGGGCUUAUUCUUUCACAGAUGGUAACAUGAAUGUGGCAGGUACAAAGGUAUAAUGCUCCUGCGUCCUCUUUUACAGUGGAUUUUCUCUGGGUCCUUUAUUUAAAGUUGCAUCUUUUUUGCCUCAUCUGAAAUUGUUGCUAAUGCGGUAGUUUUUAUUUCACUCUUAUAACAAAUGACUAGGUACUCCUUAGUUGGACUUAAGUAUUUUUUUCCUUAUACAGUUUGUUAAAUAGGUUGAGAGGAAAUUAUAAAAUCUACUUAAGUUUAAAAUUAAAAUCUUACAAUUCGGCCAGGUGUCGGUCAGUCCUACCUUAAAGAACUUGUUCAUUGGUCCAUUCUUUGGUGCGUUUAUGCAUUUUCUAUGAGUAAGUGCUAUUGUGAUGUGGUAGUGUGAUAUGCAUUGAAAGUAUGGUUUUCCCUUUUUGCAUCCUGACUAAAUAUAUAAUGUGCUCUCAUGUGUGGUGCUAAGUACUGUGCAUUUUGAGUUGUGGUUUUGCAUCAGUCUGUUAGGCAGGUGUGUCCCUUUCCUAACCCUAAGCAAGGAGAUUGCGUUUUGGUUUGAUGAGUUAAUCCGCAUGAGUAAGUCUUUACCAGCAAUAUUUUUUAAAGAAUUACUUUUCUAUUCAGCUACACCUCCUGCCCAAGCUGCGACCCUGAAACCUCAGGCUGCUACUGGCCAUGUAAAGCCCAAAGGCAAAGAUGCCAAGAAUCCGCAGGGUUCCUCUGCCCCAAAGGCUGUCCCUGGCAGAAGAAAACGCUCCUCUCUGUCUGCCUCUUCCUCCUCUCCCACCUCACCAAAAUCUACUUCCUCCACUACUCCCCUGUCGCCCGUGCCAUCGCCCCUAGCUGGCUCUCCUGGGGGCCCCUCUGCUAAUCAGGCUAACCGCUUUACCCCAAAAGUUGUCAAGGCUGGCAAACAAGGAAGAGCUAUGAAGGGAGAGGCAUUUGUGCCUGCUCCGGCCCCUGUAGAGUGCAAAGUCACCCCAGUUCUUGAAAAACCAGUAGAGGCUAGCCCCAAGCAAAUUAUAGUUGAAGCCGAACCUGCCCCAGCAGCUGCUGCAAAGCCUGUUGUAUGCCCAGCUGCUUUCAAAGUUACCUCAAAGCCUGCUGUGGCACCCCCAGUUUCAUUUUCAGAAGCUCUUGCCUCUAGCCCUCCUGCAGCUGUUGAGGUUAAGAAAGCUUUACCAAGCCCUGUCCCUGAUUUUGCAUUAACUGAUGAUCUCCCUCCACUUAUCCCACCUGUGAAGCCAAUGACUGUGCCUAUAACAGCCCCGGUGAAAAUUGUUGAAGAGGUUGCUAAAGAGGUAUCUCCAAGCAAACCUGCUCCUGUUGAGGUUAAGCCAACUGCUGAACCCACACCUGCUCCAGUAGAGGCUCCCGUUGAGGUUGACAUGCCUAAACCUGCUCCCAUUGAGGUUAAGCCAGCAGCUGAGCUUAAACCUGCUCAUGUUGAGGUUGACGUGCCCAAACCUGCACAUGUUGAGGUUAAGCCAGCAGCUGAGCUUAAACCUGCUCAUGUUGAGGUUGACGUGCCCAGACCUGCUCAUGUUGAGGUUAAGCCAGCAGCUGAGCUUAAACCUGCUCAUGUUGACGUGCCCAGACCUGCUCAUGUUGAGGUUAAGCCAGCGGCUGAGCUUAAACCUGCUCAUGUUGAGGUUGACAUGCCCAAACCUGCUCAUGUUGAGGUUAAGCCAGCAGCUGAGUUUAAACCUGCUCAUGUUGAGGUUGACGUGCCCAAACCUGUUCAUGUUGAGGUUGACGUGCCCAAACCUGUUGAGGUUGACAUGCCCAAACCUGCUCAUGUUGAGGUUAAGCCAGCAGCUGAGUUUAAACCUGCUCAUGUUGAGGUUGACGUGUCCAAACCUGCUCAUGUUGAGGUUGACGUGCCCAAACCUGCUCAUGUUGAGGUUGACGUGCCCAUACCUGCUCAUGUUGACGUGCCCAAACCUGUUCCCGUUGAGCUUAAACCUGCUCCUGUUGAGGUUGCUAAACCAGCUGCAGAACCUAAACCUGCCCAUGUUGAGGUUGCUAAACCAGCUGCAGAACCUAAACCUGCCCAUGUUGAGGUUACCAAGCCAGCCCCUGUUAUGUGUGAAAAGCCAGCAAUGGUUGAGGUUAAGGCGGUGCCUGCUGAGGUUGCCAUGCCUUCCACACCACAAGCUGAUGCCUCAUCUGCUCCCUUAAAACCUGCUCCAGUUCAGCCAGCUGUUCCUUCCCCAGCUCCCCAUAAACUUUCAUUUGCUGAGGCAGUUGCAAAACCUGCCCCUGUUAAACCUGUGGUUGAGGUAGUCACACCUUCUGAGCCCAUCUCGCCACCCAAAACUGCUAAAACCCCAGUCAAGGUGGAACCUGUGAUCAAGAACAACAAGGGUAUUUUCUUCUCUCUUUUUAUGCCUGCUGUUUUUCCUGUCACUGUUUUGAGAACUCUACUGAUGCUUAGAUAGGUAAUUCUACUAAAGUCAAGGUUGUGAAGUAAAUGUUAGCUUUGCUUUAGAUUUUAAUGAGUUAAUUUAAGAAGCUUCCUACAUGGAUCAUUUUAUUGGAAAACCGUUAUUUCUCUUGCAUACUUUCAACGAUGUUGUGUAGUUCAAUGGUGUGGUCUAAUAGUUUAUAUUUAGUUUGUGGAGAUGUCUGGUGAAUGUGAUAUGAAGAUGGUAUUGUUUUAAACGGAGUACACAUUUGUUUAUUUGCUGUGAUCAUGGUGACCCUUUUGCAUAUUUAUUGGUUAUUUGAGUUUAAUUUUUAUUGAAAAUGUUCCACAUUCUAGGUAGGUGUGAGUUUCUCUGGGGUACCAAUAAACAUAUUUAUAGUGUAUUUUGAACAAUUUUUAACAUGCCCAUUUCCCUUCUCCAGGAUUGAUGCAGCAUAUUUUCUUGCUAGUAAACAUAUGUAAUGGUUUGUUUGUUGUGACUUACAAUUGUUUGUUGUUGGUGGUUC